UCCCUGACAUAAGUUUUGAUGCAGAAGGGAGGGGGGUUUAAUUUUUAUUGGGUUUUAUACAGGAGAUUUAUCUUUUUCUUUGAUAUUUUUUUAUUUUAAUAUUUUCAUUCAAUUUCUAUUUUGGGGGCUGGAUGUGUAUUUUAAAUUUUUUUGGUCUUUUUAUUGCUUUUUAAACUAACUCUUGUUGGAAGAACUUAGGUAUAAGCACAAAUGUAAACAACUUAGGCAAAAAAUUCGAAAAAUAUCUGCUGAAAAUGAUCUUCUUGCUGUUAAACUUGCAAGGAUGAAACGUAGCAUCCAACGACUUCGUCUUGAACGAGCCUUUAUUUUUGAAAAACUUGAAGAGCGUGUUCCCUCGGCUGUUGAGGAUUCUGAUACAUCUGAUUCUUCUAUUUCUUUUAAGCGUGAAAAGGAUUCUCCGUAUUCUGAAACUCAUGAAAUUUUACUUACACAUUCUUCUGGUACAGGUGGGGCACGAAAACGACGAACUCGUGAUCCAGAUGCUCCAAAACGACCUUCCAACCCAUUUUUAAAAUUUUGCGACGUUGAAAGAGAGAGAAUUCGGUCUGAAAAUGAAGGAAUUGAUGGGUUUGAUGUAACCCGAGCAUUAGGUGUUGCUUGGCAAAAUUUAGAUGACGAGUCAAGAAAGCCGUAUUAUGAUGCAUAUGAAUCAGAAAAGAAAUUGUUUAAAAUUAAAAUGGAUCAGUAUGAAAGUGAAAACUCUCGGUUAGGUCAAAAUCAAAAAUCUAAAUCAACAAAUAAUCCAAAUGUUCGACAAAAAUGUUUUAAGAAUUCUGAAAAAUUAGAUACCAAGAAUAUUGAAAAUGAAAAUUUAGAUGUUAAUAACGAAACAAACUUAGACAUUAAUGAUUAA